AUGAUCAUCGACACCGAGCCGGAGGCUAGCACCGCAGCGCAGUCCUCAGUCGCACGACCUACCAUCCGCACUGCGACCCCCGACGACGUUCCCGCCCUCGCGCGGCUUCUCCUUGCAUCCAUGGACACGUCCCUUCCCGACGAACGGCUCUUCCCGCCUCCAGCUGUGCAGACCCUCUGCCUCGAAGAUGCAGUCUCCGGUGAAAUUCUAGGAUAUGCUGCCGUAAAAACAUGCAACGAUACGGAGAAAGAAGACAGGGAGUCGGAGCUAGACAUGCUGUUCGUGAGGGCGGGCAUGUCUGGGCGAGGAUACGGGAGCAUGUUGGUGCAGGCUGUACAAGAACGAUGGAUGGGCAAUGCGGUUUGCGUCAGGGUGUUCGUCAGAAACACGCGUGCUGUGCAGUGCUAUAGAAGAUGGGGAUUUGUGGUGGUGGGCGAGGAGGAGAUGGAAUUUGGUGAGGGUGCUGAGAGACAGAUAGAAGAGGUCUUCACAAUGCGGUGGCGUCCGGUGCAACCCACGUGA